AUGUCCCAUACAUCAUCUCCAAACUUCAUCCUCAUCAAGAAUGUGACGGUAUUGACCGUGGACCCACUGAAUGGUACCCUUGCAAACUCCGACAUUCUCAUCCAAGAUGACCAAAUGGUUGCGAUUGGACAAGCCUUGCCAAACCCAUCCGAAAGCAAUGUCACCGUCAUCGAUGGCCAAGGAUGCAUCGUUACGCCUGGCUUUGUCGAUGGUCACCAUCAUAUGUGGCAGCAACUUUUGCGGGGUGUUGCAACGGACUGGUCACUUUUUGACUACACUAUCAAUAUGCGAACCAUUUAUGGAAGCUUAUAUACACCUGAAGAUGUCUACCUGUCUACCUAUAUUGCAGCAUUGAGUCUGAUCAACAAUGGCGUGACUUCUGUUCUUGAGCACUGCCAUAUCAUCAACUCGCCAGAUCAUGCCGAUGCAGCUGUAAAGGCACUCCAAGACGCUGGGAUCAGAGGAACAUUCUGUUAUGGCUUCUAUGCCAACCCGCCUCUGCCCGAUCAGCUCGAUCCAAAAUGCUUCUCUCAAGCGUCGCGGCUGAUCGAUGCUGCCAGGAUAAGGCACAAAUUCUUUGGCCAGAACGAUCCAGCUCAGCAGCUUCUCACAUUCGGUGUAGCUCCAGAUGAGCCAGAAUCUAUGCCCAUCGAAGACACCAUCACGCAGAUCAAGCAGUCGAGAGAGCUUGGAGCACGCAUAAUUACCAUGCAUAUCGCUAUGGGGCCCUACGACUUAUCUCGACGUCAAAUUGUGCAGAAUCUCACAAAUGAGGGUAUCAUGGGCCCAGACCUCGUCUUCAGCCAUGGCUCAUCCUUCACCGAGAGUGAGCUCCAGGCGAUCAAGGAGUCAGUUGCUUCCAUUUUCGGUACGCCAGAUACAGAGUUACAGAUGGGUAUGGGAUUUCCCAUAGUUUUCGAAGCUUCUGACCGCGGAUGUCGGACAUGCUUGGGUAUAGACAUUACAUCCAAUCAAGGAAAUGACUUCAUUGCGCAGAUGCGGCUCGCACUACAGGCUCGUCGAGCUCAGGAAAACGAACAAGAGUUUCCACUAUCCAUCAACCGUAAGACAGCAAACGUUCUUCGAAUGGGGACGCUGGGAGGUGCAGAGGUGAUGAGAAUGGAAGAUCUCAUCGGCUCCAUUACAGUUGGGAUGAAAGCAGACCUUGUUCUCAUUCGCUGCGACGAUAUUGAGAAUACUCCUGUUGGCGAUCCAGUUGGGUCAGUCGUGUUUCAUUCUUCAGUGAAGGAUAUCGAUACAGUCAACAUCGAUGGUGAGAUUAAAAAACGGAACGGAAAGUCGACCGUUGAGUGGGAGAGGCUAAAGGAGGAGGUCAUUCUCCGUGCAGACCGCAUCAAGACAGAGGCAGCUAAGAUUGAUCUGACAGCAGCCAGGAACCGUUGGAUGGAAAUCUUCCACGUUAAAGACACAUCAGAAUGA